GUUCAUUCCAAGCUAACAAAGCGUGAGCUAUACAGACGAGUUUUCUUUCAGUCAACAUAUUUAAAUGUUUUAGAAGACUUUCAUGCUUAAAGAUGACAUCAACAAGAAAUGAUAAUGUGAAAGUACAACUCCGGGUGUUCAAGUCUCUAGAAUGUUAUCCGGGUGGGGCAAAUGACUACUUUGUAGCCGUGGUCGGUCGGGGCAUUCAACUUGGCAAUGAUAACCCCGAAAUUGCACCAAGAUGCAAGCCUAUUAGGCGUAACGUUUGGGAGAAGGACUUGUGGCUUCCUAAAGACAGUUUCGUGAAUUACAAGUUUUUAGUAGUAAGAUCAUGUACAGGAAAGGUGGUUGAUAUUGAAUCGACAACGCCUCAUAAUAUAUAUAUUGGUCAGCAUCCAAUAAUGGUGGAACAUACAUACAACAAAACAGCAUUUGCUGGAAAAGAAGUAUACCCUGAACAUAAUUGCCCAGCGCCAUCUGUAGGACGGAAGGAAACAUUUCACGUGCCAAGUCUCAAUAAUCCACGUGCAGAUAAAGUAGGCUUUGUUGUACCAAAAAUCAAAAACCCUCCAAAAUACGUGCCGCCACGAAACAUUGGGCUGAUACAUUGUAAAAGAAUGGUACCCGCCACAGUCAAACAGACGUUGACUUUUAAAUCGAUAACUAUGAAAAAGUUUAAAAUUUCAGAUAUUAUCAAAACUGGAGCAGACGACAACCCGGAUAUCCCACCACGUACAACAAAAAACAACACUCACACUCCUUGUGCUGCACAGAAUGCCAACAAAUCUCCAGGUGCUACAGAGUACAUUAGCGCUGAUAACCUUGUUGUUAAUAUAACAAAGUCCGUUCAAAGUGCCCCAGACAACGACAGCAACCCUCCAGGAUUAACAGAAAAUAACAACGCCAUACGUGCUACAGAGGACUGCAAAGCCCUAAUUGGUGCAGAGAUUAAUGAUGAUAUUUCAAGCGCAAAUGAAAACAACAAGCUCCAAUGUGCAACAAAGGACAAGGACGACGUUGCAUGUGCUACAAAGGACAGCAGCAACGCUCCACGCGCAACAGAGACCAAUGCUAUUUCAGGAAAUGACGUCAUUCACGAGAAAGAUUCCACAGGGGAUAUGGAUGACGACAUUACAAAGAAGCUCAGUAACAACUGUAGUUUUAGUUGA